GCGCUCAAGUGGAAGGUGCAGGUUUUGUCGACCAUCGGUGGGGGAAAGGGAGAUCGAGAAAGGGGAGGGAGGAGAACAUCGCUGUCGACACGAGUAUACAUCGAGAGGGAGAGAUGGCGGCGGCUAUGGCGGCGGCUAUGGUGGCCGGUUUCGCGUUCUUGCUAGUCGUUUCUCCGGUGCUUGUCCAUGGAGACCCUGGAAAUGACCUCAUGAAGGCAAUCAAGGCCAAUCAGAAUCUGACGCUCUUUCAUCAGGCCUUAGUCGCAACUGGGUACUCCAAACAGCUGAUUACCCUCGUGAACGACAAGCCGGUGACCAUCUUCGCCCCGGUCGAUUAUGCCGUCAACGAGGCGGUUACGGGGGCGGUUUCGUGGGACUGCCUGACUACGGGAAAGGCCGGGAAAGCUGCUCUCAAGGAGAGCCUCAAGCAUACGGUUAUCAACGGCACUUUCCAUACCGUCUGGAAUUUGACGGAGACGAAAGAAGUGACACCAGCCGAUGGAUCUGUGAUUGAAGUAACUUUUGACAGCGCGACGUCGUCGAUCACCCUGAUCAGUGCCAUCAGUGAAGUGCACAUCAUAGGACCUGAGGCGAUCGUCAUGGAGAACGCCAUCGUGCAUCUCGUGGAUGGGGUCCUUAUCACAGAGGCGAUUGACGAAAAGAUGAUGCUAGCCUGUUCCAUAGCGUCCAUGGCUCUGCCGUCUUCUUGAUGAGUUCUGCCGCUGAGGGGCUUUUGUCUUUGCUGGCGUGCUUUUCUGGCAGCGCCUCCACGUUCCCUUCUCCACAGUCUGUAUUUGGUUUCAUAGAACGGUGCGUGUUUGCCCUCUCUACCGUGGGCAAUGCUUGAUGCCCUUUCUGUUUUUACUCGAAUUUUACGGUGUUUGUCUGGAAAUUAGAAAAAGACAAUUAGUUACUUAGUAAUAAGAGCGUCUUGUCACCACACUAGUUGCUGGCUAUGUCUUUAUCGGAGUUAGGGUACAAACGGUGUGGAGUCAAGCGCCAAACGGACUGGACUUGUCCGGUAAACGUACUGGAGUUACGCUCCAAACGGUCGGUAGACGGUGCUGAACGGAUUGUAGUCCAAGUCCGAAUGACUGGAGUUAAUCGCCACACGGAACGGAGUUAAGGUACAAACGGAUUCGAGUUGAGCUACAAUCGGAUUCGAGUUACCGACGGUGCUAAACGGACUGUGGUCGUUGUCCGAACGACUGGAGUUAACGGACAAACGGAGUGGAGUCAAGCGCCAAACGGACUGGAGUUACCCUCUAAACGAACUGGAGUUACCCUCCAAACGGACUGGAGUUAGCCUCCAAACGGUCGGUAGACGGUGCUGAACGAACUGUAGUCCAAGUCCGAAUGACUGGAGUUAAUCGCCAGACGGAACGGAGUUAAGCUACAAACGGAUUCGAGUUAAGCUACAAUCGGAUUCGAGUCACCGACGGUGCUAAACGGACUGUAGUCGUUGUCCGAACGACUGGAGUUAAGGGUCAAACGGAGUGGAGUCAAGCGCCAAACGGACUGGAGUUACCCUCCAAACGGACUUGAGUUAGCCUCCAAACGGUCGGUAGACGGUGCUGAACGGACUGUAGUCCAAGUCCGAAUGACUGGAGUUAAUCGCCAAACGGAACGGAGUUAAGCUACAAACGGAUUCGAGUUGAGCUACAAUCUUAUUCGAGUUACCGACGGUGCUUAACGGACUGUAGUCGAAGUCCGAACGACUGGAGUUAAUCGCCAAACGGAACGGAGCUAAGCUACAAUCGGAUUCGAGUCAAGCUACAAGCGGAUUGGAGUUUUGCUACAAGCGGAUUCGACUCAAGCUACAAGCGGAUUCGAGUUAAGCUACAAAAGGAUUGGAUUUAGGCUACAAGUGGAUUCGAGUUCAGCGGAAAAAAAAAGCGGAUUCGAGUUAUAGGCAAAUAUCGAAAUAAAGCUAAGUGACUUAG